UACUCUAUGUACGGCCACAUUGAGAAGUUGGCCAAUGCUGAGCUUGAGGGUAUCAAGUCGGCCGGUGGUGAGGCCGAUCUCUACCAGAUCGCCGAGACCCUUCCCGAGGAAGUCCUUGCUAAGAUGCACGCUCCCGCCAAGUCCAGCGUGCCUAUUGCUACCCCCGAGACCCUUCUCGAGUACGAUGCCGUCCUCUUCGGUAUCCCCACUCGUUACGGUAACUUCCCUGCCCAGUGGAAGACUUUCUGGGACCGCACUGGCGGUAUCUGGGCCUCCGGUGGCUACUGGGGCAAGUACGCUGGUCUCUUCGUCUCCACUGGUACCCCGGGUGGUGGCCAGGAGUCCACUGCUAUUUCUUCCAUGAGCACUUUGGCCCACCACGGGUUUAUCUACGUUCCUCUUGGUUACAAGACCGCUUUCCCUUACCUUGCCAACCUCGACGAAGUCCACGGUGGUAGCCCUUGGGGCGCUGGAACCUUCGCUGGCGCUGAUGGCUCCCGCCAACCCACUGAGCUUGAGCUCAACAUUGCCAAGACCCAGGGCAAGUCUUUCUACGAGCACCUCGCCAAGAUCAACUUCGCGUGACUGCAUGGAG